UUUUCAUAUCGUGAAUGUUACCAUAAAAAUGCAAUAAAAAGUAUGAAGUAUGUAAAUGCAGUUGUUACAGCAGCAGGAAAGAUAAAAAUGCCUUUAGUCAAAGGAUACAGUUCAUUGUAAUUGUACCUUCUGUAAAAAUAUACAGAAUGUAUCUUUUACUCUGUAAUUUGGGUAUGUUGGACUAAAUGUGUGAUAUAGAACUUUUUGCUUCAGUAAAAUUCUCUUCCUGCUCUGUAACACCCACCCACACACACACGCACGCGCACACGCACACACCAUUGAGCCCCAUCCUGCAGGAUCCCUCUGUCUCCCUCCCGGCUCCACUCACCGUUAGCCCCGGCAGCUAGCUGCAGCUCUGCAGGCCACAGCGGCCGCCCCCCGGUGUCGGUGCAGCAUAUGAAGCGCAGCAUCCACGGUCUCCAGCCAUGGCGUUGGUAACACUGCAGCGGUCUCCGACCCCGAGCGCCGCGUCCACCGCAAGCACAGCAACGACGACCGCAGGGGAGGACUUUGGGAGUGAAGAUGAGCGGCGAGUGAAUCAGAGUCUGAGUGAGAGCUUCUUCAUGGUGAAGGGCGCCGCUCUCUUCUUGCAGCAAGGAAGCAGUCAGCAGAGCCAGAAAGCACAUCCUCCUCACAAACAUGCAGGUGACCUACCGCAACACCUGCAGGUGAUGAUAAACCUUCUCCGCUCAGAGGACAGAAUCAAACUGGCAGUGCGUCUGGAGAGUGCGUGGUCAGAUCGUGUUCGGUACAUGGUGGUGGUGUAUACUAGCGGCCGGCAGGACACAGAAGAGAACAUUCUUUUGGGAUUCGACUUCAACAACAAAGACUGUAAAAGCUGUUCAAUCGGCAUGGUGCUACCUCUUUGGAGCGAUACCAAGAUCCAUCUGGAUGGAGAUGGGGGCUUCACUGUAAACACAGCAGGUCGGACUCAUGUCUUCAAGCCCGUGUCAGUGCAGGCUAUGUGGUCAGCAUUGCAGGUGCUGCACAAAGCGUGUGAGGUAUCACGAAGGUUUAACUACUUCCCUGGGUGCAUGGCCCUCACCUGGAUGGGAUACUAUGAGAGCUGCAUUGCUUCCGAGCAGAGCUGCAUCAAUGAGUGGAACGCCAUGAAGGACUUAGAAACCACGCGCCCAGACUCACCCAUCAUGUUUGUUGACAAACCUUCGGAGAGGGAAAGGACAGAGUGCCUUAUCAAAUCCAAACUUAGAAGCAUAAUGACAUCCCAGGACCUAGAGAACGUCACCUGCAAACAGAUCCGAACAGAGUUGGAGCAGCACAUGAACUGCAACUUAAAAGAGUACAAGGAGUUCAUUGACAAUGAGAUGCUGCUGAUCCUCGGCCAGAUGGACAAAGCCACUCUCAUUUUUGACCAUGUCUACCUGGGAUCUGAAUGGAAUGCGUCUAAUUUGGAGGAGCUGCAGGAGACAGGGGUGGGCUAUAUUCUUAACGUUACCAGGGAGAUAGACAACUUCUUCCCAGGGACUUUCUGUUAUCACAAUAUCCGGGUCUACGAUGAAGAGGCCACGGAUCUACUGGCUCACUGGAACGACACGUAUAACUUCAUCAUGAAAGCAAAAAAGAACGACUCAAAGUGUCUCGUCCACUGCAAGAUGGGGGUCAGUCGCUCUGCCUCCACCGUCAUUGCUUAUGCCAUGAAGGAAUACGGCUGGUCUCUGGAGAGGGCGUAUGACUUUGUGAAGCAGAAGAGGAACAUCACACGACCUAAUGCUGGUUUCAUGAGGCAGUUGGCAGAGUAUGAGGGUAUUUUAGACGCCAGCAAACAGCGGCACAACAAACUGUGGCACCCGGAUGCAGACUGUGAGAUGGCAGAAGGUCAGCAGGGAAUGGCGCAGUGCUGUGGAGGGGAGGAUGGAGGGGAUCCUACUGCAGAACCAGGGAUGUCUCCUUGCUCUGAGGAGGUGUCAUCUGAUAAAGGCGCAGUGGGACACUCUCCAUGCAGGACAGUUGCCCUGGACAUCGACCCUGCCUACAACAACUACUACUUCCGCCGGCUCUCGGACUCAGCUCUGGACAGCGAACCAUCAACUCCUGUGCGCGGGCCUCCUCUUCUCGGUAUGGAAAAAGUCUUCAUAGAGAUAGAAGACGUAGAAAGAGAUGCUUUACUGGACGACGAGGCUUUCAAUGGACGGGAUGGCCUCCCGCUCGCUCACUUUGGACCCGUGGCUGAGGGCACCUCCGCACAGACCUGCAGCCGGGGGCCCGAACCCCUGGAGGAGCUGCGGCUUAGGUUGGAGUUCAACACUGUGAAGGAGGAGGAUGAGGAGGAUGUGCAAAAGGAGGAGGCAGAGAUGGAGGUGUUAAUGCAGCCGGAUGACAAAGGAGGCGGCGCUGAGACACAUGAUGAAGAGGUUGAGGGGGAUGCAGAAGGGAUUGGGAUGGAUCUGGCCUCGCUCAAUGAAAAUUCAAACAACAACAACCAUUUCAGCUUUCGACAAAACGACAACGACGAAGCUUCCUCCUUCCUUCUUCACAGAGAUGCUUCAGUACUGUCUGAGUCUUACAAGAAAGAGCAUUCCUUUUCUUCAUCUGAGCUUUGCCUUAAUCCCAGCCCUCCGUCCGAAGUCCAAAGUGCUUCAUUGCUUCGUUCUCAAACAUCCUGUGAAGGCCUCUCAUCCUCACCAGGACUGCUUAGCCCCUGUGUUCCCACAUGUGACUGUGCCAACUGUGCAGCCUCUGCCAAGGUUCUGCUCUCCAUAGAUGAACAGCCAUGCAUCAGCUCACUGCAGAAAGAGGAGACUGAGGAUAGGAUCCAUAUAAAGACCAAGCUUCCAGACAUCCAGUCUGCCUCAGAUGUUCUCCCCGAGUUGAUGAAAGCAGAUUUUGAGGAUGAGACACCUGCAGUGGCUUGUCAUCUUGGCCAACAGCAGGAGAGCCUUAUGCAGCUGCAUCGUUCGGGGCUGGUCCGGCGCCGAGCGGAGAGGCUUGAGAGACUUACAGGGAUGUCCUUCCAGGAAUGCCAGAAGUCUAAGAGUUGCUCCUCUCAAAGUCAGGAAAGGGAGGAUUUCUCCAGCUUUAGAGGGGAUUUUGCUAAAACUUCAACCCCAUGCCAAGUGCGGUUAGAGCCACUGGUAGUGCCACUGACCAAUGAAGCCUUGUUGGGGGUAGUGGGCUCAGGGAUGCUCACGCCCACCUCCUCACCACAUGGCUCCACUCUGACACGUAGCUCCAGUAGUGACAGUCUGCGCAGCGUCCGUGGAAAACCUGGCCUGGUGCGUCAAAGGGCACAGGAGAUUGAAACCCGAAUGCGGCUGGCGGGUCUAACCGUGCCCUCGAGGCUGAAGCGGUCCAACUCGCUAGCCAAGUUGGGCAGCCUCAAUCUCUCCUGCGAUGACCUUUGUUCCACUUGUUCUUCAGAUGCAGGGACACUGCUGCUCUUCUCUCUGUCCCCUGAGCCGGACCAAGGCCUGGAGUGGGACUCCCCGACCACCUCAUCAUUGUCCAGACCCUGCAAGGACCUGCAUACUCCUGGGAAAGCACUCCCAGACGAGCCUAAGAGCUGACAAAUCACGAUGAACUCACAUACUGUACAUGUAUGAUCAACUCACCUUCCCUUCUGUCACACUGUGGGGCUGGAGAGGGUUGCACCCAUUCUGGAGACAAGUCGAAACUGAGCAAAUGAAAACACAAGAAAACAAUGCCAACUCUUACACAAGGAGGCCACAAUGUUUCUUCCUCUGCUUUUCCCGGUGAUCAAACUCAUACUGCUGUAUCUGACAAACCUGUUAAGCCAUCAGAUCACCUCUAACUCUGAAACACAGACAAAUAAGUGCCUUAGCCAAAAGACCUGAGGCUCAGAUCUGUGAGACAUACUGCAUGCUGGGGCGGUACAGAGCUCUGUAACCUUUAACCUGGUUUCCAGCGGCUCAUACUUUACCUUUACCUGGCAGCUACGAAGUUGUAGCCUGCAUCCUCAUCGAAGAACUUGAAUUUAUCAAAGAGCUUCACAGAAACGUAGGGUUUGGUUAGGUGAAAGCAAAGUUGUUUAUCCAAGAUUUUUUUUUAUGAAUUACCUCAUUUUGCUUUCAGUAAGCAUUCAUUCUGAAA